UGGUCCGUCAUAUUCCCAUGAUGCUCUGCGCCUGUCCACGUCCCCUCUGACGAGUGGGUCCGGUGAUGGCUGAAGUCGAGGUGGCAGAAAUCUGCACAGAAGCGAACCAAAACAAAGCGGAACUCUGUGUCUCCGGAGGCAGCGACAGUGUGUUUACAGAGCCUCGGUGAUCUCUACGGACCUCCUGCGGAUUUCUGCCUCUUAUCCCGUCACUCUGGGUGGAUCAUUUUUAAAUAAACGAAUCGUUUUGGAUGAAACGUCAGCCUCCACUGUGUUACCGGGAUUUUCCAUAGCGCUGAUAAGGACGAUAACAGAGCUCUAAACCCCGAAAAGAGCGAAAACAAACCCUCUAAAGGUGGCCUGGGUUCAUGCUGUCCAUGUAAACCUCCACACAGAGGCGGAGAGAGUGUGUGUGAGAGUGAAAGAGUGUGUGUGAGUGUGUGAGAGCCGCAGGUCAUGGCGUCCUGGCUGGGGGGUUUGGGCUCGGGCCUCGGUCAGUCUCUCGGUCAGGUCGGAGGAAGUUUAUCCUCUUUCACCGGACAAAUCUCCAAUUUCACCAAAGACAUCCUUCUGGAAGGAGCGGAAGAAGUCGGAGAUGCUGCCACCGAGCUGCACGUGUCCAACUCGAAGCUGCUGGAGCUGGAGGCGGCUCUUUCUGCACAGAAAUCCGAGUAUGAACGCUUGAGGAGAAUAAACGCCGAGUUGGAGGAGAAGUUGGAGGCGGCGGAGAUCCAGAUCAAACAGCAGUCGGUGGAGUACAGGACUAUACUGCAGCAGAAAGAGGUGGACAUCAGCCACCUAAAAGCCAGACAAAAUAGUUUACAGGAAGAAGUCCAGAAGCUCCGACUGUGCGCCCAGGACGUCUCGUCUUCCACUUCCGAUCCUGCCAUGCUUCCCGUUACGACCGUCGCCACCACCACGAGCUCCUCCUCCUUCCUGUCCCGCCCCUCAGCAGGCCAUCACGGUUUCCACGGCGACGAGGUGGACCUGAGCGACGUCCUGUGGUCACAGCAGGAAAUCAACCGGCUGUCCCAUGAGGUGCAGCGCCUGGAGGCGGACGUUGCUCAUUGGCGAAGAGUGGCCCAGGCAUCUAAAGUGUCAGGAGCGGACAAAGGUGACCAUGGGGAAGUCCUGCAGCUGCAGAGAACCAUCAAAGAGCUGCGAGAGCAAAUGGGCCGUGAGGUCGACGAGCACCAGCACGAGCUGGCAGCGCUGCAGGACGCUCAUCGGCAGAAAAUGGCGGACAUGGCGAAGAGGCACAGAGACGAACUGGCAGAGUAUGAAGAGAGGAUCGAGGAGCUGGAGGAGCAGAUUCAGAGUGGAGCUGCUGCAACCCUCCCCACUCCAGCAGCAGGAGCAGCAGCAGCAGCAGCAGCAUCACUGGAUUCCUCCAAACUGGAAGAGCUGCAGGCUACGAUUCGCUCCCUGCGUGAGGAGGCGGAGCUUCAGAACACAAAGUGCAGCGAGCUAGCGGCGAGUCUCGAGGAGGCCCGGCGCCAGGGGGCGGAGCUUCAGCGAGAGAAGGAGGAGGCCAAGGCGGAAAACUCUGAACUUCUGCAGAACUACGCUCGACUCCAGAGUUCUGUUAGUGAACUUCAGACUCGGGUUCAGGAGCAGGAGAGCAAAGCGAUGGUCAAAGCGCAGCACGACGGCGAGAUACACGCUCUGAGGAAAGCGCUCACGGAUGCUGAAAAAGAGGUGUCCAGGUUGAAAUCUCUCGCUGAAAUAAAUCAGAGCGCUGAGGUUGAACACGCGGACAUUCUGGAGCUCAACACAGCCAUCGAUGCGCUCAGAACGGAGAAGGAGGAAGUAGAGAAAGAGAAGGCAGCGUUAGUGGAGAAACUCCGGCUAGCUGAGAACCGGGCCACGUCGAGUGAAGCUGAAAUCUCUGAGGACCUGCAGCUCGAAGCUACAGACUUAAAGAACCAGCUGGAGCAGAGAGAGAAAGCUUUAAAGCAAGCACACGUCAGCGUGGACACGCUGACAGCAGAGCUGGAAGAACUCGACCGGCAGAACCAGGAGGCCACGCAGCAUCUCAUCGCUAUGAAAGAUCAACUCGCUGCACAGAAGUCUCAGGCUGAAGCUGAAAUUACUCGUCUAAAAUCAGAGCUUACAGCGUCACUCGGUCAAAAAGACGCGCUUCGUCAGGAGUUGGAGGCUCAGAAGGAGAAGCUCAGCCAAAGUGCCUUUACCCUCAACGACCUACACAUGGGCAAACAGCAGCUGGAGGCCACGGUAAGAGAGCUGAGGGACAAACUAAAAAAAUCUCAGGAGCUUGGCAAGGAGACACGUGUAGAGGCGUCCGACCUGAAGAAGCUGCUGCAGGAAAGAGAGACUCAGCUGGAUGCUCUUCGUCAGGAGCUGAGUCAAGCAGGGGAGCAGGGGGAUGAGGUAAAGGGUCAAAUGAAGGUUCUGGAAGAAAAGGAGAAAGAAAUCCAGGAUUUGAGAAGAGAGCUGGCGGAAUUGAAGGUCUUGUAUGAGAAAGUGUCAUCUGAGGACUUUGAGUUAAAGAUAGAGAACAGGAAGUUAAAAGAAGACAGCAUUCAGGCUCUUGAGAAAGUGGAGAAUUUGGAUCGACAACUACAGGAUGGCCAGACCUCUCUGAGCAGAGUAGUCUUGGAGAAAGACACUCGCAUCGAGGCCUUGAAACUGGAGAAGAACCAGCUAGAAGUUGAGCUGAGUCAAGCAGAGAACCGGCUUUUGGAUCAGGCCAAGCAGUACCAGCAGACCAUCGAGGAGCUGACUAGAGCACGAUCCUUGGAUGCCUCUGCAUUGCAGAUGGAACACGAACGUACUGUGAAGCUAAACCAGGAAAAGGACCUGAUGAUCGCCCAGCUAAAGCGCGAGAUGGAGCAGAUGGCGGCCGACCACAAAGACACCAGUGAGAUGUUGGACAUCACCGUGGCUGGACAGAAGCAGCUCACCGAUCUUUUACAGGAGAAAGACGCUUUUGCAGCGUCAUUAAAAGCUCAAGCUGAUGAAGCGCAGAAGGAUUUGGAGGUCGGUAUCUCGCAGGCAAGGCAGGAAAGUGACGCACUAAGGAAAGUCGUAGAAGAGAAAGACAAGCAACUAGGGGCCAUGAAGGAGAAGAACAGUCACCUGAAGGAGGAAAUUGAUCGUCUGAAGGAUCAGCAGAGUAGACCGCAACUGAUGUCCGAGCCAAGGACGCUGGACAUAAUCACAGAGCUGGAAACCGAAGUUGCACAGCUCAAAGCUGCUAGAGACAGAUUUGAGGAAGAAGCAAAGACUUUGAGGGCAACAUCAGAACAACAACGGGAAUCGCUUAUACAAUCUCAACAUACGUUGCAGGUGCACCAGAGUGAACUGGAGCAGGCUCGGUCGAGACACGAGCAAAGCACCCUCAACUACGAAAAACUGAUCGGCGCUAAGGAUGAGGAAAUCGCAAGGCUGCAGGAGGAGAUGGAAAGACUCAGCGUACAAAGUCAACCUCAGACUGUGGAAAUCCUUCAGGAGGACAAGACUCGUUCUCUCAGUGGCGAGAAUGGCAAUGAGAAGCAUGACUUGUCGAAGGUGGAGAUCGAAAAACUCGUAAAAGGCAUCAAGGAGAAAGAGACUGAGAUAUUCCAGCUAAACGAGAAGAACCGCUCCUUGACCAAACAGCUUGAUCAGCUUGUGGUCUCUCGCGAUGAGCUUGGCAAACUUUCUCAAAUAGUGCUUCAGAAGGAUCUAGAAAUCCAAGCGCUUCAUGCUCGUGUUUCGGGUGGAUAUAGCCAGGAUGUUCUCUUGCUUCAGCAGCAGAUGCAAGCUUAUGCAGUCGAACGAGAACAAGUGCUUGCUGUACUGAAUGAAAAAGCGCGUGAGAAUAGCCACCUGCGUUCGGAAUACCAUCGCAUCAUGGAAAUCAUUGCAGCCAAGGAAUCGGCGUUACUUAAGCUUCAACAAGAGAACCAGCGCCUGUCCACUAUGAGUGACCCUUCUGGAAGUCAGGAGAUGUUCCGAGAGACCAUUCAGAACUUGUCCCGAAUCAUCCGUGAGAAGGACAUCGAAAUCGAUGCUCUUACACAGAAAUGCCAAACAUUGGUCACUGUCCUUCAGGCAUCCGGUGGAGACUCUGGAAGCGGCGGUUCAGGUGGUGUGAGCAGCAAUCAGUUCGAAGAGCUUUUGCAUGAGAGAGACAACCUCAAGCAGCAGGUCAAGAAGAUGGACGAGUGGAAGCAACAGGUGAUCACAACUGUGAAGAACAUGCAGCACGAAUCUGCCCAGCUUCAGGAAGAGCUUCUCAAACUGCAGGGCCAGGUGUCUGCUGACAAUGACUGCAGCUCCAAACUUUCGGUUGACUAUUCCAGACUCAUACAAAGCUAUGAGCAGAAGGAGAAAAGGCUGGGCAGUUUGAGUCAGGAACUUGCCCAGGUACAGCAGACCAUCAGCCAGCUUAGCACCACUAAAGACGUCCUGCUUGGAAAGCUCGACAGCGUUACUCAGGUCCCAGACAUUUCCGCACAAUCUGUCCAAACUGUAGGUCAUCAGGUUGCCCAGGUUUCCCAGGUUGCCCAGGACGCACCACCGAAACUGCCAGUUGUUCAAGAUGAGAACUUGCGACAAGAACUGGAAUCGUUAAAAAGGGUGUUAGCUGAGAAGGAGAGUAUGUUGAGAACGCUUCAGGAGAACAACCAUCGCUUGUCAAAUUCGGCGUCUUUGUCAGAAAGCGAGCAAAGAGGCCACGCUGAGGAGCUCAGGCAAGCACGCGAGAGGAUGGAGACCCUGCAGCGGUCCCUCCGAGAAAAAGACCUGCUUAUCAAGACCAAAGGAGACCAACUGAACCAAGUGAGUGAAACGUUGCGCAACCGUGAAAACGAUAACGAGGUCCUGAAGCAGGCCGUCACAAACCUGAAGGAGCGUGCGCUGAUUCUCGAGCUGGACGUCAAGAAGCUGAAGGAGGAGAACGAAGCCGUGACGGUGAAAUCACGAGAGAAAGAGACGGAAUUUCGAGCUCUGCAGGAGACCAACAUGCAGGUGUCGCUGAUGCUGCGGGAGCGAGAGUUUGAGUGCAGCACCAUCACCGAGAAAGCUGCGGCCAUGGAGACGCUGCUCAAAGAAAAAGAGCAGGGUAAGACUGGCGAGCUGAACCAGCUGCUGAAUGAGGUAAAGUCCAUGCAGGAGAAAGCGCUGGCGUUCCAGCAGGAGCGAGACCAAGUGAUGCUGGCUCUUAAACAGAAGCAGAUGGAGACUUCUGCCUUACAGAGUGAGCUGCAGCACACUCGCGAUAAAGAGCAGAGGCAGAAGCUGGAGUUGGAGCGUCUCCGCAAUCACCUGCUGGAGAUCGAGGACUCGUACACGCGGGAGGCGCUCGCGGCCGAGGACCGGGAGAGCGAGCUCAGACGCAGGGUGGCGAUGCUCGAUGAGAAGCUGGCGUCGUCCUCCAGCGCCGUGGAGAGCGCCAGUCAGCAGGCCAGUCUGCAGGUGGAGUCUCUUCAGGAGCAGCUGAUCGUCAUGGCCAGGCAGAGGGACGAGGCUUUGCUUCAACUCCAUGCUGCUCAGGAACAAGUGAAGCAGUACGCAGUAUCUCUGUCCAACCUGCAGAUGGUGCUAGAGCAGUUCCAGCAAGAGGAGAAAGCCAUGUACUCAGCAGAACUGGAGAAACACAAGAAAGAGAAGGAGGAGUGGAGGAGGAAAGCAGACAUGCUGGAGGAUACGGCCUCCGCCCUGCAGCUGAAUCUGGAUGAGGCGAACGCCGCGUUAGAGUCAGCUUCCCGCCUCACUGACCAGCUCGACCUGAAGGAGGAGCAGAUCGAGGAGCUGAAGAAACAGGUGGAAGUGAGACAAGAGAUGCUGGAUGAAGCCCAGCACAAACUGACUGAUCUUCUCAACAGCACUGAAGGCAAAGUGGACAAAGUGCUAAUGAGGAAUCUGUUUCUUGGAUAUUUCCACACGCCGAGAAACAAACGCGCCGAAGUGCUGAGACUUAUGGGUAGUGUGGUUGGAUUGGAACGAGAUGAUGUGGACAAGAUGUUGGAGGAGGAGGUGAGGAAGGGAGUCACAGGUUGGGUGUCAGGGUGGUUAGGAGGCAGCAGAGCGGUGCAGAGUGUCCCCACCACACCCCAAAGACCCACGCACACCCACAACCUCAAUGGGUCUUUCUCCGAGAUGUUUGUGAAAUUCCUGGAAGUGGAGUCCACUCCGGCUGCUCCCGCUCCCAAACUGCCCGUUUACGACAUUAAGCCUCUGAAUGCGCCCCCUCCUGGCCGGAACGCUGCCGGUGCAACUGCAACAGGCUCUUCAGGCGGCGGGAAGCGCAGUGUGGACUCGAACCCGUUCCUGGCCCCUCGCUCUGCGGCUGUUCCACUGUUAACGGCGGGCGGCGGGGGGGCCGCAGGUGGGCACCUGCUCAUGAAGCCCAUCUCAGACGCUCUCCCUACGUUCACGCCCGUGCCGGUGGCGGCUGACGCCAGUGCCGGGGCGGUCCUUAAGGACCUGCUCAAACAGUGAUUGGCCCGACAACACCGUCAGUCAAAGCACUUUAGGAGAUGUCUGGAGACGGAGCACUAGAGCUAUUUCUCUUUAAUUAUUUUAAUAACGAGGAAACACCAGAAGGCCGGAUAGACAGCUAAAAGUUGGGGUCAUGUUUCCUGAAGCUUUGCAUUUUAUUAAUCGUUCUGCAGUCUGUAAUCAGAAGUGUCCACUGGGGAUUUGUAGUGAACGGCAGUGUUUCUGCGUUUGCUCUGUAAUAUGGAGAAGAUCAUUUGUCUGAUGAAAGAUGGCCACUUGGCUCACACAUGCCUGUGGGAUUUAUUAAGACCUUUUCCCUGUCUGUGAAAUCCAUACGAAUAGCUUUUUUUCUUUCUUUCUUACUUGUUUUUUUUUUUAUAAAUGCUCUGCAAUUUUCCCCCCUCCGUCUUUUCCUCCGUCUCAGUUACAGUAAUGACUCUAACGGCCGAUUGUGGUUCAACAACUGAAUACUCUGAUAAUAUAACACUUCUGCUGUGUAUAUCUGCAGUAUUAUAAAUAUGUACUUAACAUGUAAAUCUGAAGCAGUGCUGGAAAAGUUCACAAAUCAAAGAGGCAAAAAGUGUGUACAUAUCAAUUUCUUAUUAAAAAAAAGGCUCUUGUGUAAAUUUGGCUGUAUAUUAUUAAUGGCUGCCAGUAAAAACAAUUUGGAAAGGUGUGUAUUUUCAUUUUCCACCAAAAAUACAAACUGCUAUUUGUUUUGCCCCUGUAAAAAAAACCCUCAUAUUUUAUGGAAUGAGGCUCAGCAGUACUUGCUGGGCUUAUUAGUGUAUUGGGAUUUAUUUGGGAGUGUGUGAUUAUUAAUUUAAGGGUUGAGCAGGUUUAUUGUUUGCUUUUUUGGGGGGGGGGUAAAGUUUGGGGUUCAUGUCACACUUAGAGUAUUUGUAAUUUAAUGCAGAAAUAAAGAUCUCUGCGUAUGCAAA